AUGAGUAAGGUUGACUCGGCUGCCCUAAACAGCCAGUCUGGGCAGGAUGCUAAUCAGAUAGCCCCAUCGUACCACCAUCACGCAGCCCCUCAGUCGUUAGCCAUCGCGAAUCUCGAUGCUAAUGCAAGUAGAAGGGUGCGGCAUGGCGUGUGGACCGGCAGAAAGGAGCGGGAAGCCUUCAAUGCACAGUUCUUGAGACAAUGAGGUCAAGGCGGAGGAUGGGACCAGUUAGAGGCUUUAGUGGCUAAGGCCCAGAUCCGAUGGCCACGUGGGAAACGAGGAAGACAAGGGUGAACGAGGAGCCAAGGGUAAGGGAUGAGGAUGAGGAUGAGGAAACUGCCACUGGCGGCCUGCCUUAUGCGGGGUUUGUCUAUUUUCGUGCAACGUCAUCAAGCAAAUUUCGAACCAUCGAACCACGCGCCAUCCAGUUGCCGAGAGAAAGUGGGAUUGGAGGGUUUGAGGCGGUGCCGUUUGGCUUUCUCUGGCGCUUUGUUCGGCACCAUCCAAAUGGUUGGGUUGUGUGUGGUGUUAUUAGUUGCAUGGCUGUGGUGGCAUUGUGUGCACUGUGGACAGAGAGGGUCGGACAUGAAACUGAAGUUAGAGUCCCCAGGCGAACAUCGUAUGAUAGUGAGAUUUUAGGUGUUGCGACUUUGAGCGUGAGCCAAGAGCUUCGACAGUGCCAUGGGAGACCUGGGUGUUCGAUUCAUGGCUCGCACUGUGGUGUCUCUAAUUACGAGUCCCACAAAGGUACGAAUAGAAAGUUGAAAGGGUUCAAACAUCAAAGCGCCGAGAUGCAGAGCAUCUGGAACUCAAGGAGGAAUGCAGAACAGGGAUGAUAGUGGUAAUGCAGCCUUGGAGAAAAAGAGAACGCAUUUCAUCAGCCGAGCCGCAUAUGGCGCCAACAAAACUUUCCAAAUCCUAAAACGGAAGUCUGCGAUGCUUAUACAGCUUCCCUCCACCAAUCAUUGGUCCUCGGAGCCGACUCCCUGUCACAGUCCUCAACACCAUGCCUCCGAACCCUCCGACUAGUGACUAGGGAAACUCCAACCACGCAGCCGGUGACUCCGCAACUCGCCAAAGCAAAA